AGUUAUACUGUAAAGAUGCCCAGGUUUUGUCUGUGUCUUCCUCGGAAGAUUAAGCGAGGCUACAAAGUCGAUGAGGCUAUGGAGAAAAACACUUCGGAAGCAUUGAGGGACAUCGCCAAUAGGCUUAGAGUCGACUCAAUAAAAUCUACGAACGCAGCGACUAGCGGACAUCCCACGUCAUGUUGCUCAAUGGCAGAGAUCAUGUCAGUUCUCUUCUUCAACACAAUGAGGUACAAAGUGACUGAACCUAGGGAUGCUUCAAAUGACCGGUUUGUUCUUUCUAAGGGCCAUGCUGCACCUAUACUCUAUGCUGCAUGGGCUGAAGCUGGACUCUUUCCAGUAGAUGAUCUGCUAAAUCUAAGAAAAAUUGACUCUGAUCUUGAGGGCCACCCCACUCCUAAACUGAAUUUUGUUGAUGUUGCUACAGGUUCUUUAGGUCAAGGCCUUAGCUGUGCUGCUGGUAUGGCUUACACUGGCAAAUACUUUGACAAAGCUAGUUAUCGAGUAUAUUGUGUCAUUGGGGAUGGUGAAGCAGCAGAAGGUUCGAUCUGGGAGGCUCUUUCUUUUGCUGGUAAAUACAAACUGGACAACCUAGUGGCUAUCUUUGACAUUAAUCGCCUAGGUCAGAGUGAACCCACUGCCUUUCAACAUGAGAUGGAGUUAUAUAAAAAUCGCCUAGAAUCCUUUGGCUUCAAUACGUACGUUAUAGAUGGGCAUGAUGUUGAAGCCCUCUGCAAGGCUUUUCAUGACGCUGGGACCGUUAAAGAUAAACCCACGGCUGUCUUGGCCAAAACCUAUAAAGGAAAGGGCAUCCCAGGAAUUGAAGAUGAAGAAAACUGGCAUGGUAAGCCUCUAGGAGAUAAAGCUGAUGAUGCCAUUAAUGCUAUUAUAAAGUCUAUGUCUAACCAGGGUCCCCCUCAGCUAUGUCCCCAGAAGCCCUUGAAGGAAGACGCACCUGCUGUGGAUAUCUCUAACAUUUCUUUAUCUGAACCUCCAAGCUACAAUAUUGGAGACAAGGUAGCAACACGAUUGGCCUAUGGUGUAGCCCUAACAAAGCUUGGCCACAACAAUGAGAGGGUGGUGGCAAUGGAUGGUGACACCAAGAAUUCCACCUACUCUGAUAAGUUCAAGAAAGCUUUUCCAGACCGUUAUGUUGAGUGCUACAUUGCUGAACAAAAUCUUGUUGGUGUGGCCAUUGGUUGCUCCACAAGGGGGCGCACAGUUCCAUUUGUAAGCACUUUUGCUGCUUUCUUCACCCGGGCUUUUGACCAGCUCCGUAUGGGAGCCAUUUCCCAAGUGAACAUCAAAUGUGUGGGUUCUCAUGCAGGAAUAUCUAUUGGUGAAGAUGGUCCAUCCCAGAUGGCACUUGAGGACCUGGCUAUGUUCCGUACUCUUCCAGGAGCAACGGUCUUCUACCCAAGUGAAGCUGUGUCAGCUGAACGAGCAUGUGAACUGGCUGCACAAACCCAAGGUAUCUGUUUUAUUCGUACAUCUCGGCCUGCAACUGCUGUGAUCUAUUCAAAUGAUGAAAAGUUUGAAGUUGGGAAAGCAAAGGUGGUGAAGCAGAGUGAUGGGGACCAAGUAUUGGUUAUUGGAGCUGGUGUGACUCUUCACGAGGCACUGAAAGCAGCAGAAUCAUUGGCUGAGCAAGGUAUCAAUAUUCGAGUGUUGGAUCCAUUCACAUUGAAGCCCAUCGACAAAGAAGCAAUCCUUGAAAAUGCAAGAGAAUGUGGUGGAAGGAUCAUUACUGUGGAAGACCACUAUCCCGAAGGUGGCCUGGGUGAUGCAGUUGGUGAAGUCGUCUCCAUGGAGAGGAACAUCAUUCAGAAACGACUGGCUGUGAGAAAGAUCCCUCGGAGUGGUCCAUCAGAUGUACUAUUGAACAUGUUUGGUAUCAGUGCUAAAUGUAUUGAAGAAGCUGUUAAAGAAAUUGUUACUAUGUAAUCAAUGAUCAGAAGUGAAGACUUUUAUCAUAAUGUUUAAUAGAUGGCAUCCACAAGAAUACUUCAAUAGCUGACUCCUGUUAUUUUACGGAUAAGUAUCUGUUAUAUUGUAAGGGUACUUUUAGUAUCUUUAGCACUAAUGAUGUACGUGAAUAAAACAGAUUAGCAUCUAUCUUGUAGUAUCCGAAUUACUGUCUGUAAUAUCGUUUUUUAGAAUAACGUAUAAACUAACUGUAACUUCAUUGCAUUCCACUGAAAUGUAAAGCAUGUGAAACUAAUAAAUGUGGUGCCUCAGA